AUGUCAGGAGAAGGCACAGACCUUCCAAUAUACCGAAGCAGUAAAACUGUGGAUGGUGAUCAUAUGAAACCUCCUGGUUCUUCACAAUCAUUAGUACCAGUCCAAUCGCCUUCUAAAGUAUAUCAAAAGGAUACAGUAAUGUGGUCUCCUCCUCUAUCAUCACAUCCUAUCAUGUCACCACAUGAUACUGCUCCACAACAUCCUGUCUUCUCAACUGAAGAUCUUACAAGGCCCGGUACAGGUUUAAGAAGAAGACCAUCAGUACCACCUCCAAGAAGGUACUCAGGUGGUGACUACGACACUAAACCUAGUUUCUCAUCAGACACUGGACGAGCUCUUCGUGCGAGAGAAGAACUCUUUUAUAGUGAGCGAGAAAGAGAAGGUUCUAUGUCAUCUCGCACUCGUGUUCGUGAUGAUCACCCUCAUCCUGAUUAUCACGAACGUUCCCGCCCUCCACGUACCUACCGCAAUGUCGUAGGAUGGGAAAGUGGUCCUCAGAAAUCAUAUUUUGAUGACUCUUCACGAAGUGAUCUUGGCAAAGAACGAGAUGUAGAAAAAGGAAUCAGAGAACCAGGUGCUGCUCCUGAGUGGGCUAGUGGUGAGAAGGUUAGAAGGAAGAGCACAGAUGAAAGUAUUGAUGGGUAUAAUUACGAAUCCCACAGAAGAGGUGGAACAAAAGGAACCAUUGAUUUGGAGAAUUUAACGCCUGAAGAAAGAGCAAUUGUUAUGAGAUUACCAUGGACACACUGGAUGAAUAGUAAUUUCAAGAAUCAUUUCGUAGCAACAGUCGGUGAAUUCGUCGGUACAACUAUGUUCCUAUUCUUCGCUUUCGCCGGUACUCAAGUAGCAAAUAUCGACAGUAACACAGUAAAUACCACAACAGGGGCUGCAGCAGGGUUCAACGUUUCAGUCGAACUCUACAUCGCCAUCAUCUUCGGUUUUUCCCUCAUGGUAAAUGUAUGGAUUUUCUUCCGUAUUUCCGGAGGACUCUUCAAUCCUGCCGUAACCCUUGGUAUGGUCCUCGUCGGUGCACUUCCUAUCGUCCGCGCCAUCUGUCUAUUCUUUGCUCAAAUCCUCGGAGGUAUAGCUGCCAGUGCUAUGGUUCUUGGUCUCUUCCCUACAACAUUCAAUGUACGGACUACCCUUGCUGCUAGUACAUCCACAGUACAAGGUGUUUUUAUCGAGGCUAUUUUGACAGCUGAAUUGGUCUUUACGAUUUUUAUGUUGGCAAAGGAGAAACAUAAGGCGACUUUUAUUGCGCCGGUUGGUAUUGGAUUGGCAUUGUUUAUUGCGGAGAUGGUGGGAGUUUUCUAUACUGGAGGAAGUUUGAAUCCGGCUAGAAGUUUUGGUCCUUGUGUUGUUAGUGGAGCUUUUGAUAAGGAACAUUGGAUUUACUGGAUCGGUCCAAUAAUGGGUACAUGCAUCGCAGUAUUCUUCUACAAAUUCAUCAAGAUGCUCGAAUACGAAAUGGCGAAUCCAGGUCAAGAUGGCGAUGCCAAGAAUGAUCCUACUCAGAAUGAAAAGAAGCGCGAACAGAUUUUGGAGGAGAGACAGAGGAGAUAUGAGAAGAGGGCUAUGACUGGCGGGAGUGUGAUGGGGAGUUUAAGACCGGGAAGUCGGAUGAGUUAG